CACCCUGCAGGCGUGCAGCAGCGAUGGCCCUCCAAACGCUGACGGCAACCACAGCAAACGCGGCGCCGACGAACACGGUGGCGAGCGACCCUGACGGAGACGAUCUUAACACGCGCAACAGCGUCCCGUUCAGCUUCCUCGUCGCCUUCCUCGCGCUUUUCGUCUGCUUCAUGGGCCUCGGUCUCUGGGCCCGCCGUAUUGUCUUUUUCGCCCGCAGGCGGCUCGGCCUGCCCGUCCCCGAGCUCCCGCAGCGCCGCCAGCGCAUACGUCCCCGGAAGCCCGUGCUGUGGGACAUGUAUCCAGAUGGAUGCGUGCAGCCAGAGAAGUGGGAAGGCAUGGAGCCGCUCUCUUCCUGGUUCUGUAGAGAAGUACCUGUGGUCGAGGUUCCGUACGAAGAUCCAGAGCUCACGCAACCCUGGCCUCCCCAAUCGCCCAUGCACCAGCGCAUGCCUCGUAGAGGCGGCGUACCCGUCAUGGACAUCGCACCCACGCCAUCACCUUCUGGGUCACCUCGACUUCCGCGGGACCGAAUGCAUCCUAUUCAAAAUCUCAAGGAGUGGUGGUUGGAUUUAGUUGACCCCAUGCGACAUAGCCCUCCCAAAGACGGGCUCGGCGACAAGGGUCAAGUGGAUCAGCUGCAGGUCGCGGUUCUCAUCUCGAUGCCCUCGCUCGAUCGCGGAAUCCCCCCAGCUACCAAUAAUGGAGGUGUUGAACAGCUAGGGGAGCUUUCAAUUGGGAUUGUUGGCAUGCCUUGGAACCAUGAUGACUCUGCGCUAGAUCUGCCAGAGACACGGACAUGACACUGUAACAGCUGACGCCCCACACUAUACUGGCCGUAUGAUUGGAUGGCACUGAUGACUUGUAGGAUACCUGUUUGUGUGUAACAGUAUGGAAUCUUAUGGCAUGGAUAC